UCUCGGUCUUUCUUCCGCCCGAUCUCGCAGAUAAAGUUGCGCACCGUUUUGGCAAGACUGUCCGUAAUCCGAUUAUUUCUAUACAAAUCGAGCUUAACCUGUCCCCAGAACCAGCAAAAUGCUCGCCACAGUCCGCAAACAACUUAGAAACCACCCAGCUCUGAUCCCUCUUUUCAUCUUCAUCGGUGGAGGAGCAACCAUGUCUCUGCUGUACCUUGCUCGUCUGGCCUUGAGAAACCCUGAUGUCAGCUGGGAUCGCAAGAACAACCCAGAGCCCUGGAAUAAGUUGAGCCCAACUGAUCAGUACAAGUUUUUUGCAGUUAACAUGGACUACAGCAAGCUGAAGAAGGAUCGCCCUGACUUCUAAAGAUCACAUCUGCUGGACCAAAAGCACAAGGAUGAGCUGAUCCGCACAGCCUCAGUUUGAACCUCUUGAGGGAGCCAGGAGCUAAACCCGCACAAUGAUGAUUUGUUACGUUUUGCCAUUGCAUCCCAUUGGCUUUUUGAAACCUUGUCACUGUGGCUCAUUUUCCAAUGGUUGUGAAUAAAGUCAAGGAGUCUUUUCUCCUCCAUACAGAGAAAA